UACACACCACUCUCGUGUGAUAACCACACGCCACACCCACACCCAACCCACAACCUGAAAAUGCAAAACGCAGUUGAAGGGCAAUAAAACACCGGGCGGUGAUUUGGACUUUCGCAAGGGUGGACGCAGCAUGGCGCCGAGUCGUUCGUCGAGCCCGCCACGGCAGGCGGAUCUGGAGCAGCAACCGCCUUUUGGACCGCCCCUGUCGCGCAUUGCUUCGCGGCGGGGUUCGCGUGUGGCGCGGCAGCACAGCUAUGACGAUGACAUGAAUAGUGCGGCCAUGGCAGCGGCGGCUGGCGCGGGCGGCGCUUUGGGUGCGGCUGGUGCACUGGGCAUGGCGGGCGGUGACCCCGGACUCGGCAUACCAGCAAUGCCGAGGAGAAAAUCCGCAUACGACGUCUUUGCGCCAAAUCUGCUACAGAGUGCGGCGCCAGCUACUGCAGCACAGCUACAACGAUCACCUGGCGAUGGCAUGUCUCCUCAGAUUGCUUUGCCCGGUUCGCGGCGGCCCUCCUUCCGUGUGCCGCAUCCUUCCGAAGAUUUGCAGAACGAUGAGUCGCCAAGUCCGGACAAGGGCAGCCCAGUGCUAACGGUGGACGACGACAGGCGCAUACGACGGCGUGGAUCACAGCUCCCUGAUUUGGCCGCGUUACAGCAACGCGGUGCUUUACCAACCAACCUGCCGGCCACCAUACCCCCUCCACUCGCCGCCUUUACUGGCCCAAACUUGGAGGACCUGGAGGCACCUCGGCGUCAAACAUCGAUGGAUGGCGAAGCUAUUAAAAUUGUCAUACACGACGUGGACUCGGGUCCUAUUUGCUCAUCGAAACGAAGAAUUGUAUUGCGCAGAGAUCCCACAGACAAGGCCCAUCGCA